GGACUUUCAGUCAAUGAUUAGCAACACACACACACGAGGCGUAUCGAAUAUUUUUGCUGAAAAAUUUGUGUUUUUAACGUGAUUCCACAACCAAUUCAUCAAUAAAACGCCAUCAAUUCGAAUUUGAAGCGUUCACUUUAUUAAAGCAAUAUGAAUAAAUUGUUACCACUGAAAAAUUUGCAGAAACCAACAUUGUUGAGUCAUCCGAUACGGUCAUUAAGUACAUCAAGUUCCAAAUUCCAGUUGGCUGAAUCAAAGGUCGAUGAGAUUGAUUCCAAAAUGGCUGAAUUUGAAGUAGAAGAAAUACAACUGGACUUAACAUAUGGCCAAAUCGCCGGUAAAUGGUGGGGAUCAAAAGAGAAACGUCCGAUUUUAAUGGUGCAUGGUUGGCAAGACUCUGCUGGUUCAUUUGACGUGCUUAUACCUUUGUUACCUCGAGACUACAGUUACUUGGCGAUUGAUUUGCCCGGUCACGGUUUUUCAUCACAUUUGCCCAAAGGAUGUUACUAUCACACCAUUGACUUAGUUCCACUUCUGGAGGAAAUUCGUCUAAAAAUGAAAUGGGAUCGUUUAUCACUGAUAUCGCAUUCGAUGGGUGCGAUCGUUUCAUUUUUCUACGCUGCACUAUUCCCGGAACGCGUUGAUUUAGUGGUUGCUUUGGAUACGCUCAAAAUGCAACAUCACCAUCCAAAAUACACCGAACGAAUUUACACCUGGCGCACAAAACGAUUGAUCGAAUUGAUUGAGAAUUUCAAAGAGCAAGCACCAGAAUAUACAAACGAAGAAUUGAUUCGUCGAGUUCAUGAGGGUUCAAUGCGAUCUGUGGAUAUAGAUAAAACCAAAUACAUGAUUGACCGUGGCACACGGCCCUCACCAAAUGACCCUGAUAAAUUUUAUUUCACCCGUGAUAUUCGUGUCAAGUACAUGCAACCGUUUUACGUCGAACAAAGCAUUGGGCUGGAUUACAUAAAAAAAAUUCAAGCCGCUUACUUAUUCAUCAAAGCAGAGGACCGUGACUUUUCCGAACCAGAAAAACAUCUUCGCGAAGCGGUCGAUCUCUUUCGACGUGUCAACAAAAACUUUGAAAUGCUUCGAGUGAAGGGGACACACCAUGUUCAUUUGAAUCAACCGGAGUUGAUUGCGGGAAAAAUUUGCCAAUUCAUUAAGAGACAUCACAUUCAAGAAGAACAACCAAACAUUGAUGUUAGAUUAAAGAGUAAAUUGUAAAUUGGAUAAAUCGAAAAUACUAAUUCGGAAAAUUAAAAUGAAUCUUAUUCAAGUGAAUGAAUUUAUAGGAAAUUCGACGAAUCGGAUAGGGAUAGGGUACUCUAAGUACAAAUUCACAUUUGAACGGUGUUUUUUGGUAUAUUUAUUUGUUUUUUUUUGCUUUACCAAACUGCACAUUCCAAACUAUAAAUCACACAUAUUUGAACAUAUUAAUGGGAAAUUUGAAGCAAAUGCACAUUCUGAAGAAAAUAUUAAAAGUUAAACGUGCCUUUACACUCCACCGGAAAAAAUCUGAAAUACACAACUUUGGCACACAUUUUUUUACGAUUUUUGAUAAAGUAUUCAUAAAUAGUAUUGAACUCAACCAUCCAGAAUAAUAAUAAUGAGAUUUUUUUUUCUGUAUAUUCAUUUAUUAGAAUUUCUAAACGGUAACCAUUCUGAGCAAAUGGUUAUCAACACCAAUGUAUUGAAAUAAUUUUAAAUAAAGUUAUUCAUUUACAAGAUUUGUUUUCCCUGAUA